UAUAUUGGAAAGCGGCUAGUCCAAAUCUAGCUCGCAAUUCAAGGUUAAACAUUCCAGGUUUUGACAUGUUAAUGGCCUGUGGUACGUAACUAAUAGUUUCUGGGGAUCUGUACAUGAACUGUCGGACUUAAUGUUGGUAUAUACACCGUUCGGGAAUCAUAUUGAUACUUUUAAAGCUGUAGUAAUUAAUACGAAAAUUCAUUAUGAACUUCUCGAAAGCAAAGUAAUUUUGGAGCUCAGGAUCUUAGAAAAGACUAAGUCUGUUCAUAUGCCACAUUGCGACUGAUUCUGAUUCACGAUGUCCAGUGUCUUUGACAGUUAGUCACAGUAAUUGCGAGGGCACCAAUCAAGUACACUCGACAGAAAUUAUUGUCUCUACUUACUCUUAUGGCCGAGAUCAGUGGGAUGAUGUCCUGGUUGUGGGUUUUAAUUUGGUUGCUCAUGAACCAGCAAUAGUAAUGAGUGGCAGGACCAUUAUCCACUAAUAAGAUUCGAAGAUUUAUGUGUACAGGGAACUAGAAGAAUGAUGUGACCAUUAAGAGAUAGUGAAAAUGUAAUCAGGGUACAAUUCUGUUGUUCAUUGUUAACCCGUAGUAGGAUUACAAGAUGAAAUAAUGAUAGGAAUUGCUCAGACUUUCUGAGGUUUUAAUCAGAGUGUUCGUAAUUUGAGUUCAUAAGAAAAUAUCCUCAGUGGAUGUUUGAGAGAAUAUCCGCUUUUACUAAAAUCAGUUUUUGAGUAAGUGAGAUAUCUGCUUACUCAAUCAAAAAAUAACCGCGACAAUUUGUUUCGUGUUACUAUGUUUCUCAUCCUUUUUCAUUUAACUCUUUGUUGCUUUGAUAUUACCACCUGUUAGUAUUUUCUCAAUAACUGCAGUGAUGUGAGUUUGGUCUGCCAUGAGACGCCAUACGAGACUUCAUAUUUACCCUUUCUGGUGAGAUUACAGUUUAUGGACGAAACAAUUGAAUUACGAAUAGCAAGUCUUGGGUUCCGGCGCGAAAAUCACUCAUCUAUAUAAUUACAUUGCACUUUGGGAUUAUACCUGAUGUCAGUUUGUAAUAAAACCCGUACCCCAAAUUCUAACUCAAAAUCAUAUUGCUAAUUUAUAACCCUACGCUGCUCGAAGGUUGUAGCCUCACCAUAUUUGAUUUUUAGUGGUGGGAGCAAUUUUCAAUAUUUAGUAAUGUUCACAAAUGAUAAUAGCGGAUAAAUGUUCAAAGAAAGACGGUCAGUUGUCUAAACAGCUAAAUUCCGAGUUAAAAAGGUAGUAUAGCAACACAUCUGUGUCUACUUUACUGUAUUCAAGUUUUACUGCAAAUUGACCUACUGGGUGCUUACAUUUCGCUUGCUUGUGGAAUGGAAUGUAUUUCAAUACCUUUUAAUCUGCCUAGUCUAACAAAGGGUAGUUUUUUCUGAAAUGCUGAUAUCGAAAGCAGUAUCAUUCAUUCGUAGAUCACUUCAAAUCAAUGCAACCCGUGUUUAUAGAUCAUCGAAAGAAUUGAUGGAAAGUGGUGAGUCAGCUAUAACUCUUUCUCCCGAUGGAGCGGUUGUUGUUUGUUGGCAUCCAGUUAGAAAAGUUCCUUAUGAGUGUACUAAACCUAUUUCACAUGACGUUAAAUCGCUACGCACUCCAACUUCUCCUCUAAAAAUCAAUGUAUCCGAUACAAUUAUCAAAAAUUCUGCAGAGCCUACUGUAGUAGAACUUUCAAAAGCUUUCGGUGUUCCAUGGUUUCAUUUUCGACCUAAGAGAAGUCAAAAGUCUCGUUCACCUUACUUUUGGGCCCCACCUAAAGAACGAAAUAGCUUGUAGACUUUGAAUAAUAAAUGUAUUUCAAUUGCCAAAAAGUUUCGUAAAUUAAAAAUCAUUAGUUUUAUCGU